ACCGACGUAAACUAGCUAGCUAGCUAAAGUCAUCUGAUGUCUAGCUAGACAACCGAUCCACAAACUAUGAAGUAUACGCAAUGUUCUUCUGAGAAAUAGAUUUCUUUACAAGUCGAUUCAAUAGCUGCACAGAGUGGCGGGGAUGCUGAAUCAAAAUGGGAAAUAUUUUUGCCAGAAAGAGACGCACGCGAGUCACAGAGCAGGACAGGGCAGUUUUGCAACUGAAACAGCAGAGAGAUAAAUUAAAGCAGUACCAGAAGAGAAUCACCCUGCAGCUGGAGAAGGAGAGGAAUCUGGCCAAGCAGCUGUUGAACGAUGGCAAGAAAGAGAAGGCCCUCCUCUUGCUCAAAAAGAAGAGAUACCAGGACCAGCUCCUGGACAAGACAGAAAACCAGAUAAGCAACCUGGAACACAUGUGUCAAGACAUUGAGUUUGCCCAGAUUGAGAUGAAGGUCAUUGAAGGCCUUAAAGUUGGAAACGACUGCCUGAAGUCAUUGCAUGAGGCGAUGUCCAUCGAGGAUGUGGAGAGAAUUAUGGAUGAGACCCAAGAAGGCAUAGAAUACCAGAGGGAAAUAGAUGAGAUGCUGGCAGGUUCCCUGACACAGGAGGAUGAAGAUGCUGUUCUGGCUGAACUGGAGGCCAUCACUCAGGGAGAGCUUGACCUACCAGAGGUACCUGACGAUUCCCUGCCUGACAUCCCGGAGGCAGCUGAGGAAGAACCAAAGCCAGGUCAAGAGAGGGAGAGGCCGAGGAAGAAGCAGGACAGAGAGAUGUUGGCUGUCUAGGGGUGUGUGUUCGCCAGGUGACUCUGUGGGUCUUGGUACGCUGGCCGCUAUAUCCCCCUCAUAGGGGUCUCAUGCCCCAACCACCACACCCACAGAAAUAUUAUCUUCACCAUCUCUUCCAGUCCCUCGCCUCCAAGACUGAAGUUCCUGGUGCCCUGCUAAGCCUUGGCCUUUGUGAGCCCAACUACUGCUUUCUAGGCCUCCCCUGGAUUCAACUUCCCAAUCACUCCAACCAUGGACAUGGACUUUAUUUUUCAGAUCAUUGCCUGCAGGUUCUCUCUUAUUUUUUGUUCAUGUUUAGGGCCUUUUUAGGCACAUAAUGAAGAAAUUAGUGGUUUGAUUGAGAUAAUAUUGUGCCUAAGUCCCGUGACAGGUGUGUUUUUUUAAAUCUUCUGUGAACGGACAAAUGAUGUGAGUAACGGAGAAAUUAAUGCAUGUGUCACUUUUUAAUUUCUUUAUUACUUUUCAACCUUUUGUGGCUCAGGCCUACUAGCUGACCACAGAGCACAUUCUCUUUGGGAGGAAUAGACAUGUAGACUAUCUUUCAAAAUCAUUACUUUUGGGACGGUUUUCAUAAUCUUGCCUAGUCUUAGUUUAAAAUGUCUUGAUUCCUGCCAAACUGUUAAGAAUGGAUUUGACUUUUGGCUUUGGUUUCAACUUGUUGAUUUGGGACCGAAUCCUUAUAAUAGUACUGACCUAUUUGCUAAAGCCGCCAUUUCAUGUAUAUUCUAUAUUCUUCCUCGCUGUGCAACAGCUUAACUAAUCUAACGCUCCGGUCCCCUUGGCUUGGGGAUUAGUUCAGUGUCAUUGGAGAAAGGAAGGGCUAAUUGUAUUGUCAGUGGGCUUGCUAACUUAACUCUGUAUCCCAGACUGACAACACCAGACAACACUGAUGUUAUUAUCGGAUGCCUAGAAAUGACUAUGAAUUCAGUCCAAGACAACCUGACAGAGCCUGAUGUCCUAGCUAUCUAUCCAGUGAGUAUUAUGAUAUCAUAUUGGGUCUGUUUUUACUAUGAAGUGUGAUAUUGGGUUGUUAGCUAAAAUAUUUUACUUGCAUAUCAUGAUAUUGGGUUGUUAGCUGUCUGGAUUUGUAAUAUAUUACUGGCAUAUCAUAUCAUGAUAUUGGCCUGUUGGCUGUCUGCAUCUGUAAUAUUUUACUGGCAUAUCAUAUCAUGAUAUUGGCCUGUUGGCUGUCUGCAUCUGUAAUAUUUUACUGGCAUAUCAUAUCAUGAUAUUGGCCUGUUGGCUGUCUGCAUCU